AUGUUUCAUCCAAAUAUCAAUGGGUCUUUGCAUCAAGGUUAAUCAAAUUUCUCUGAAAUUGAGGCUCCUCCUUUAUUAAUUUGUUAUGAUGUUAAGAAUAAAUUACCAAUAUCACUCGAAUAGGUAAACUAUAUUGUAAAUGUCUAACCUGGUUUAGCAAUUGUAGAAAUAUAAUAAACUUAUAACACAUAGCACUAUGAAGUUCCGAUUGAAUUAGAAUAUAUGUUUACUAUCUAAAAGGAUUCAGCAGUGAGUAAGAUGAUCGCUGAAUUGGGUGAUUUAAAAGUCUUAGGAAUUGUAAAAGAAUUGGAGGAAGCAAAAUAAGAGUAUGAAUAAGGUAUAAUAGAUGGAAAAACCAUGAUUAUCAGCUAAUAGGAUAAAGAUAUAACAGAAUUAAAAUAAGUCAAGAUUGGAAGUUUGGCUCCAGGAAAGACUUUAAAAAUUACUUUUGAAUAUAUUCAGCCUUUAAAAGUGUAUUUAAAUUAAUUUUGGAAACUGGAAUUAUCCCCAAUGGUAGAUUCAAGCUAUCUUACAGUUCAUAAGUUAAAAAACUAAUCAGUCAAUUAUCCUUAAUUAUAUAAAAAAAUUAAAAAAAGUGUGGAUGUUCAAGGUUUCUAAUAAAACCAUAGAUAAUACAUUACAAUAUACAUUAAUUUAUAAAGAUCAAUAAAAUUUCUAAAGUCCCCAACUCAUAAAAUUAUAAUUAAUACUGAUGAUCAUUAAAAUAUCAAAGAAAACUUUACAAAGGGUUAAGUAAUUAUUCUUGAUAAUAAAUUUCCAGAUAACUUUGCUCCUAAUAAAAGAUUUGAGCUGCUACUUUCAUCUGAUGAUAUUAAUUAACCUCAUUCUUUUCUUACUCAUACUAAUAAUGAUGCUUUAUAACAUAUCAAAUACUGUGCAACUUUAACCUUGAUCCCAAAAUUUAAUGAAGUAUCUUUAGAUGAUGCUUAUUCAUCAUACAUAAAUGGAUUAAAUUUAUAUUCAGAAACAAAAACAAAUAGAGGAAAUUAUUAUUUUUUUAUUGAUCGAAGUAGUUCGAUGGAAGGUUAAAGAAUAAAUAAAGCGAAACAAUCAUUGAUUUUAUUCUUAAAAAGUUUACCCGAAGAUUGCUUCUUUAAUGUUAUAUCUUUCGGAAAUGAAUCAAAAAGUAUGUUUGAAAAACCCUAAUAUUAUAAUUAGAAAACCUUAAAUGAAGCAGUUUCAUAAGUAAAUAGUAUGAAGGCAGAUUUAGGAGGAACUGAUAUAUAUAAAGCACUGAAGUAUGGCAUUUAUAAUGAUGAAGAUAGUAAAAGCCAUUUGGAAACAUAUAAUGCUUUUCUGUUGACAGAUGGAGAGGAUUCUCCAGAAAGAAUUUUAAAUUUAGUUCAAAAUUAUACCAAAUCUAAUUUUAGAGUUUAUACUUUAGGGAUAGGAGAUGGAUGUAGUUAGUAUUUAUUAAAAAGAAUUUCAGAAAUAGGAAAUGGAAAAUGUUAAUUUGUUUUAGAUGAUGAAGAUAUAAAUGUUAAAGUUAUUGAUUUAUUAGAAGAUUCUAUGACCUAAUAUUUAUAGGGAUUUAAAUUAGACUUACCAGAAAUAAAUAUAUCACAAAUUAUACCCGAUCCAGAACACAUUACUACAAUUAAAAAAAAUGAAGAAUUAUUUAUUUAAAUAUUAUUUCCCUAACCCAUCACGGAAACACUAGAAUUUCAGAUCAAAUGUUUUGAUCCUUAAAAAUAAAAGUAAAUGUCACACAAAUACAAGUUGAAAAUAAGUGAAUCAUAACAGUAAGAUUACUUUCAUAAACUUGCAGCUCAUAAGUUGAUAAAUUAUUACGACAAUUCUCUUAAAAAUAACUUAAAAUAAGUCAAUAAAGUUAAGGUCAAUUAAGAGAUAUUGACUAAUGAAGAUAUAAUCAAUUUAUCCAUAUCACAUCAAAUCUUGUGCAGAAAAACGGCAUAUAUUUGUGAAGUAUGCCAUUUGGAGGAUGAGUUUAAAUAGUUAAUUAAAUAAAAAAUACUCUAUCAAAAUAAAAAAAAAACUAAAAAAGUCACAAGAAGCAUAAUCGAUUAUCAAUAUGAUUCAGAAUUUAUUUGUUGUGCAAUUGAUGACUAUGAAUAUGAAGAGGUUGCCCGUUGCUCCUCUAAUAAUUAUAAUAAUUUUUAAUGGAAUUACAAUGAUUUUAACAAUAACAAUAGCGAUAAUAAUAAUAAUAAUAAUAAUAAUAAUAUACAACUUCUAUAAACAAAUGAAAUCGAAAUAGAAAAAUAAUCUGAAGAAAACUUUAUUUCUAUUGCUUAAUAAAGGAUUCAUAAUGAAGAAAUUAACUAAAAUUCAUAAAAAGCAGCUGUUUUAAUAAAUUAUAUUGAUUUACUAUAGUGUGUUUAGGCCAAUGGAAGCUUUAUUUUAGAGAAAAGGAUAACUGAUUCAAUCAAUCUUUGUGGUUUAAAUAAUGAUAGUCAUUAUGAAGACAUUGUAUGGACAACAAUUAUUUCUAUAUUUUAUUUAGAAUUGCAUUGCUAGAGUGAUAAAGCUUCAUGGUAAUUAAUUUAUUAAAAAGCAAUUUCUUAUUUAAAGAAAAAUGGAUUAGAUUACUUAAAGAUAAAAGCAGAGUUUUAUAAUUCUUAUCAAAAAUUGUUUGAAGCUACCAAUUGA